AUGGAACAAUUCAUUGAGGCCAUACAUCUUGUACAGAAUGGUCAUGUCUCUCAUGACCCAGAAGACAGCUCUGCAUUCACAGAGGACAAUUCCUCAGAUACCUCUAUUGAUGAUAUUUGGAUUGGCCUUGAGGUCCGAUCUGAAGAUGAGGCAUGCAUAGUCUGUGCACGACAGGUCUCUCAUGACCCAGAAAAAAACUCCACACUCACAGAGGACAAUUCCUCAGAUACCUCUAUUGAUGAUAUUUGGAUUGGCCCUGAGGUGGCCAUUGCUGACAAUGGUCUCGAGUGCUCCUCUUCCAAUGAUGGGGGAGAUGAAGCAGCAUCUAACACCAGUGCUGAAACACUCAUCAACCUUGACCCUGCUCAUUACUUCAACUGGUUUGGAACCACCAGUGUUGUCGGUGUUGGGCUAUUUAGUGACAUAACCACUGCUUGGAUGCUUUGUGCCCCAGGCACAUCGGUCCAUUACUUCACCACAUCCCAUGAAGCCAAGAAGUAUUUUAAUCUUGCUCUGUCAAUGUGGGGGAUUUCCAAUGAACAUUCUACACACUUGAUCACCUAA